AUGAAGCUUUUACAUCACUACCUCCUGAUCACUAGCCAUACAUUGACAAGAGACUCCCGCGUUCAAUACUUCUGGCAAUUCUCAGUUCCUCAUGUUGCAACCUCCCACGGAUACGUCAUGGACAUGGUUUUAGCCAUCGCAGCUCUGCACCUCGCUUCAUGGGCAACCGAUGCGACUGAGUCUCAGAACUGGCUGCGUCCCGCCUUACAAUAUAAUACGCAGGCUCUUCCAACUAUUCGCAAGGGCCUGACCAUUUCUUACGAGGAAGGUCGUCGCGACCCCCUUGAUGAUUUCCUGGAAGCACGAGUUAUGUCAAAAAUGAGUCGAUAUCUGGAGAGAGAAGCUGGAGCACCUCAAAAUGUUUUACUUGAUACCGGGUUGAACGGGGGUCAUACUGCGGUUUACCAAGAGGAAAGCUACGACCCAAGACUUGUCGACCUACACAGAUGCAUCGUGGACAAACUCGGCGAAUUCAGCUGCCUGAUACGCUUUGAAAACCCCGACUCCGAAACCGUCGUUAAGAAUGCACACCAACUUCUGAAAGAAGCUAUUCAACCCUAG